CGGGGAGGAAAGGGCCCGGCCGCUGCCUGCCCCGCCGGGAGGAGGCUCCGCGGCCAGCAGGCGCAAGCCGCCCCAUGCUAGAAGGAUGCUGGAGAGCGGCUGCAAGGCGCUGAAGGAGGGCGUGCUGGAGAAGCGGAGCGACGGGCUGCUGCAGCUGUGGAAGAAGAAGCGCUGCAUCCUGACCGAGGAAGGGCUGCUCCUCGUGCCCCCCAAGCAGCCGCAGCCGGGGCCCCCGGCCGCCGAGCCGCCGGCCGCCAAGAUCAAGGAGCUGCACUUCUCCCACAUGAAGACGGUGGACUGCGUGGAGCGGAAGGGCAAGUACGUGUAUUUCACCGUGGUCAUGGCCGAGGGGAAGGAGAUCGACUUUCGGGGCCCGCAGGAGCAGGGCUGGAACGCCGAGAUCACGCUGCAGCUGGUGCAGUACAAGAACCGCCAGGCCAUCCUGGCCGUCAAGUCCACCCGCCAGAAGCAGCAGCACCUGGUCCAGCAGCACCCUGGCCACCGCCUCCGCAGCGCCUCCAAUUCCGCGUAGGGCGCCCGAGGGACCGGCUGCGGCCCAGCCCAGGUUGAAUCCAAGCAGCACUUCAGGAAGUGAGACUGAUGAGCAGCACAUUUCUGUUGUGAACAUAUUUCAGUGGAUCGACAAACUUGGCAAACCGAGGACAGCCGCGGAACAGGGAGACUGGAGAGCGUCAGGUCAACAAUCUGAAAACCCAGCGAGUUUUCUGCACAAUCCCUUCCUUGGUGCGGGGAAAACAUUUCAAGUCAUAUGGACUCUGAGUAUUAUUUAUGAACCUUGGAAAGGAUCGUCUGGCAUGAUGGGGUUUCUAGGACACAUGAUGUACUGUAAAUUUAUUUUAAAGUGUUUUAUUUUAUGGUUAUUUAUUAGGGAUUUUGUAAAAGGCUUAUUUGCAAGACCUUUCUGAAUGUAGGCCAUUAUCCAGAAAUCAAAUUCCAAAUAGAAAUUCAAAGCACACCUUAGCUCCCAGAUAUAUUGCAACCUUUGGAGAGAGAGAGGGAGGUUGUGGGAGAAGUGAAUGAUUUAUAUGACCAUGAAUGUUGGGUGCUUUUCCACAUGGAAUGCAAUAGUUUUCAUUUCUCCCCAAAAUACUAUUUUAGAAACUGUUGUUGUAUUAAUGUGGAAAGUAUAAUGCGUGGUUUAGAAUUAGGAUGAAGAUCUUAAUGCACAAGAAAUUGCUUCUCUCCAAGGGUUGGAACCUGAUGUCAAGGUUAUUAUUCUUUUUUAACCAUAAAUAUGGGGGAAGAGUAUUACAUUUUAUACACAAUUCAGUUACACAGAAUUGAUAAUCUGAUUCAUUAUUAUUAGAUAAAAUACCUUUGUUUCAUUUAUCAUAUACAGCAGUUGAAGAGGGAACUCUGACCAAUUUGAUUUGUGAUAUGAGAAUGUCAUGUUAAAAUCAUAUCAAUUUUAUGUGCUCGCUUAUUUUGUUAUGAAAAUGGUUGUAAGAGCUGAGAACUAUUUAUUAAAACUUCUGUACAUUUGAGUUCAGGGCUCUCUUGGUGCAGAAGGUUUAUGAAAGGCCAUGUUCCUGACCUUUUUCUGACAGAUUUUAAAGCCCAUCUUGUAAAUGUCUUAAAGUGUUUAAAUGAGUCAUUUCAGUCAUAAUUUUCCUAAACUGAAAAAUGCUAUAUUACUGAGAAAAACAAGCUUAUUUUGGUGUGUAAUAUUACCAGACGUAAAGAGAUGUGUUGGGAUCUUGUCUGCAUUGUGUUAAUGAACUCCAUGAAGUUAGAAAACAAAGUACUAGGCAUAUGUGUCUUCUUUCUCCUGUUGAAAUCAAUGAGAGUUUUGCUGUUGAUUUCAGCAUAUGAGGUAACUAGACCCUGAUCCAGAAAAACAAGUUAUGCCCGUGAUCAUGUGCUUUACUGGAUUGGGCCCUUAAUGUGGUGGAUCAUUUCCCAUUUUGCACUGCUGUAGUUAGAGCUCUUUGCUUUGAAAUAAAUAGGGAGUUGUCCUUAAAAAUCUGAUAGUACGAUUCGGACUUUUAUCGCUAAGUCAAGGUACAGAGCCUCAGCCAUGGAACUAUUUCUUUUUACCCACUCAGCAGGGAAAUUGCUCUGCUCUGCCCGUUUAUAAGCUAUACAAAUGUAAACAGAGACUAAAUGUAAUAUGUUUAGAACUUUUGAUUUGUAGCUUUACCUUAAAAAAAGACUGGAUAAAAGAAAUCAUGAAAAUGACACAGUGAGAUCUUACCCUUCAAAUGCAAUGCUUGGUUUAUCUCUUAAUUUACUCUCCGUCUCAUACUGAGGUCCAGUCCUGCAAGCUGCUGAAUUCAUUCUGCUCCCCUUUAUCUUACAGGGCAUUCAGGGUACUAAGCCCCUUCCAGGGUGAUGGAACAUUAUUUAGCCCUGAUCUGCAAACAUGUAAGUAGCUCCAUUAAUGUCAUUGAGACAACACAUGUGAAUAAAGUUAAGCAAGUGUUAACAGAAUUAAGGCUCAGACCUGCAAACCCUCAUGUGACCAGUCCCCAGGGGGCUAUUGGAGUUCAAGCACUUUGUGGGGAUCUAUAUUGACUGGAUUGGAAUGGCAGGUUACAAUUGCCCUAAGAAAGUCAUUCCUUUGAGGCUAAUUGAAACCGAGAAUGUUCAGCACGUUGCAGGACUGGACCCCCUCAGUCUAGGAUGCAGGAAGGAAGGAGAUGAAAAGAUACCUUGCAAGUACAGCAGCUAGUUUUCACAUCUCAAUACAUUUGCCAUUCUCAUUCUGCCAAAUCUUAGGUGAUUGUGCUGGAAGGGAGAGUUACAAAAUAGACUGUAAUUUGUAGUGGCUCCUUGAAAACCAUUGCUCGUGACUGUGUAAAACAUCUGCCUUUUAAAAAGUGCCUAAAUAUUGAUUUGUGGAAAAACGUGACCUCUUUUUCAGAGCCAUUAAUUACAGUUUAUCAGGUAGCUAAUCCACUCUUUCAGAUAUACACCUAUAGCACUGGAAAUUCACCUAUCAAAACAUGCAUUUAACCAGGUAAAGAAUAAAUGUAAUUAUUCAAAAUAUGUCUCUCUGUGAUCCAAGAUAUGUAUUUCCCUGGGAGAUGGAGUCAUUCCUAUCCUAUACAAACCUGAUCCAAAGCCCACUGAAGUCAAGACUCCUUCCAGUGGUAGAAGAACUUCCAUUGACUUUGGCAGG